AUGCGCACCAAAUACGAAAACCUGGCUGCCGCGAACGAGGAAAAGCGCCGAGCAACAUCUGCUGCGGUUGCGGCGGUCCAGGCUGGCGGUGGGAAGCGGCGCAUAACCGACUACUUGGAGGGAGAUGCUGCUGUGGCUAAGCGGGAUGCUGACGAGGGCCUUGCGCUGAUGUUUGCGGCCUGCAGAAUCCCGGAGAUCACCAUAAACCACCCGCUGUUCGUCAACGCCAUGCUGCUCGUCAACCGCGCCGGCCCCGGCUACGUCCCCCCCAAGAGGAGCUUCAUUGGCGGGGCUGGACUAGUCGCUGUCUGCAAAGGGAUUGAGCAGGGGCUGAUGGGGAUUAAAACGAGCUGGAAGAAGACGGGGGUAACAAUUGCGUCCGACAUGAUGACAGACAAAUGUGGGAGGGCGCAAGCGAACGUCCUUCUGAUUAACGACUCCGGCGCCGUCUUCAAGGAGGCAAUCGACUGCGGUAUGGAGCGUAAGACAGGGGGAUACGUAGCGGGGAUUCUGCAGCCGGUGGUGGAGGAGUUAGGACCAGAAAAUGUGGUCGCGUUUU